AUUCUCGAAAAGCACAAACAAUUUUUCGGUAUACACAACACUCAUAUCGAAUUCGCCAUUUUGUUUUUUUUAAACAUUGACUUCUGCUUUGUAAUCAAUAACAUUAAAUACUCCUAUACAUCAAACUUCAGUCAAUUUUAACGCCUUUUUCGUACAUAUACUUACUACGUCAGAUCCGCCAUUUUGUUUUUUGUAAUUUUGACUUUUGAUUUGUAAUCACCGACCUCGAAAACCCCUAAGUACGAAUUUGCACUUAAAUUGGAAAAUGCCAUCAUAUUUUGGCCAGGUUUUAGCAAUUUGGGACCACUGUGCAAGCGGAGGAAGUAUUAGUGCAGGUGGCCCAGCCGGCGCCGAUGAAGAGGCAGGAGGCUCCAAAAGAUCAGACGGGCCAGGACAUCGGGCUGCAAAUAGUAGUGGCCAGCUUUAUAAACACGGUGGAGGAGUUAACCGCCGAGGUACGGAGCAUUAGAAGCGAGAAGGCUCCGAUGGCGCCGCCGCAGAAGAGUGGGCCACAGUCGGAACAGACUUUGGAACCCGUUCAGAGGCCUGUUUCGAAGCCCACAUCCAGAGCGGCCUCCAGGCAACGGAAGGAGAGCGCAAGACCGACACCGGGGGCGGGCCCGUCAAAACCAGCCCAACCAGCCGUGAAACUGACCCCAAAAUCGAUGGAGGAGACUUGGUCGAUCGUCGUGGGACGCAAGACCAUGAGGGACGCUAAGAAGGCCGAGCAGGCUAACGCCAAGGCGGGUGCUGAUCGCCAACCGGCGCAGGCGACUUUAGUUCUUCCGCAAGUGCACACUUGUGGCGCGGCCCUUCUACGGGAGUAUCGCGGCGUAGAAUUCGUCCGUAGCGAAAGGGUUAACAGUGAUCGUUACCGACAACAAACGAUCAAUUUGCACCAUGCAUUGAUCGAAAAACGUCCAGAAUGGGCUCGAAAACACGGUAAAGUGACUUUACAGCACGAUAACGCGCCGUCUCAUGAAGCAAAACCGGUCAAGGAAGCGAUGAAAGCACUUAAAUGGAACAUAUUAUCACACCCGCCGUACUCUCCAAACCUUGCCCCGUCCAACUAUCAACUAUUCGCAUCAAUGGGACACGCACUUGCAGAGGAGCAUUUUGCCAAUUUCGAAGAAGUUAGAGAAUGGUUCAAUGAAUGGUUUUGCUCAAAGGACAAACAGUUUUUUUGGGAUGGCAUUCAUAAAUUGCCUGAAAGAUGAGCAAAAUGUAUAGAAUCAAAUGGUCAAUACUUUGAAUAAAUAAAUCUUAACAUUUUCUUGAAAAUUACGUAGAUUUUUUCCAAAAAAAGUGGUAAUGACUUUGCGGUACACCUGGCACAAAACUUUUCUUCUAACGAAUUAACAUAUGUUCUGCUUGAUAUGUAAGUGGCAAACGCAAUAUCAGUAAAAAUAAAGAAAACAGCAUAUGAGUAUGUGAAUAUCAGGGGAAAACGUACAGCAGAACCGAUUAAAUACACUUUGGAGGAAGCGUUAUCUCUAUUCGUCGAUGGUGAUUAUACUAAAGAGACUUACAGCUCCAUGAGAAUAAGUGCAAAAAGACGAAAUGCUGACAUCUGUCCUCCAUAUGAUCAUGUUCGAGAAGCAAAAACAGAAUGUUAUCCAACCUUAAUUAAAAUGAGCGAUAUUUCUGCCGAAGUUAAUGUACAAAAUCUUGCAAACCAUGCAACAGAGAGAUUAUUUAAAUAUUUACAAGAUUCUGUAGGUAAUUAAAACGUACCGUAUUGUGUAAAUUUCUUAUUCAAAUAGGGCUGUGAUGAAAGUUCCGACCACUCCAGAUACGUGGGGCAACCAAAUAUGAACGAGCCUUUGUUCUGUGUGUAUUGGAAAAUAUUUUUAUGUGUUAUUAAAUAGUUGAAGCCGUUUGGUAGGCAUUCUUAAAGUAAGAAAACAAGAGCAAUCGACUGAUCCCGUAGUUCGUUCAAUACUUCUAACGAUGAGUGACAAAGCUAUGCCCAUCUCCAUUGAGCAACGUGUAAUAAUAAAGUUUUUAUCUCGUAAAAAUGUAAAACCGGCCGAUAUUUACCGCGGACUCCAUACUCAGUUUGGGGUAGAUAUCCUUUCAUGGCCGCGUGUGAAGGUAUGGUGCAAUAAGUUCAAACAAGGUCGUGAAUGCGUUGUAAAUGAAACGCAUGCACGUCGUCCUUGAAGCAGUACGACUAGUGAAAACAUUACACGCAUUCGUGUGCUAAUCGGAAGUGAUCGACGCCUCAUAGUGCUCGAAAUUUCGGGAGAGCUUGAUAUUAGUUACGGCAGUGUUCAAUCUAUAAUUAAGAAGCUGUUAAGGUUUAGAAAAAUCUCAGCUCGUUGGGUUCCAAAGCUGUUAAAUGAGGAUCAAAAGGCUACACGAGUUCGCAUAUCAGAAUUGCUCGUAAUACGUUUCGAAGAAGAAGGGGAAACAUUUUUGCAUAAAAUCGUCACCUGUAACGAGACAUGGGUGCAUCACUACACUCCCGAAUCAAAAUGUGCAACCAUGGAAUGGAGAAGGACAGGCGAAGGAAAUCCUGUGAAAGCCAAAACUCGACUGGCGGCGGGGAAAGUGUUGGCCACGGUUUUUUGGGAUUGGAGAGGAGUUUUACUGGUGGAUUUUUUACACGAUCGUCGAACCAUCAAUACAGCUUACUAUUGCAACCUCUUAGAUCAAGUUAGGCUUCAGUAUCGACGCAAAAGGCGACGCAGAAGAAGCUGAUGGAAAUGAAAUGGACAACGCUCGAUCACUCACCUUACAGCCCAGACCUAUCACCAUGUGAUUCUUAUCUGUUCGGACCCUUACAGCGGCGAAUAUUACAGGUACUUCAUUAUCGUAUAUAAUAAAGAGUGAGUAGUAAGUAGCAAAGUAAUUAAAUAAUACAAUAACAAAUAAUAUUACAGGUGUAAACGAAGAGUUAAUUAAAAGAAUUGGUGACAUUUUGGUGGCUUUAUCCAGUUAUAGGCAAAUUAAUUUCAAUUUUAUUUCAAGAAUAUACAAUGGAAACAUUUAACUUGUGUGUAGCAGAGUACGACUGGUUUUAUAUACCAUCAAGUUUGCACAAAAUAUUAUUCCAUGGUGCAGACAUAAUAAGGAGUGCUGGUUUGACCAUUGGAAUGUUUUCUGAAGAAGCAAUGGAGGCACGAAACAAAGAUUUCAGAAAUACUGGAAGAGAUCACACCAGAAAAUUUUCGCAAUUAGAAACCAUGACAGACCUUUGGCCUUCCAGCCCAAAUCAUUACUCCACCCCCACCCAUUUAUCUUCGAGGAAAUGGAAACGAAUUUUUUUUUACUGACAUUUUCAUUUUACUACCAUGAUUUAAAAAAAGAAAGAUUAGUAAAAAAACAAAGACAAAUGGGUGGGGGUGGAGUAAUGAUUUCGGCUGGAAUUUAAACGGAAUGGAUACAAAGGCAAAACAAAUGUACAGUUUCUUCAAGGAAAAAUGAAUUAUCAAAAAUAUAUAAAUUGACUCUCAAAACAAAGUAUUGAACACGCACUACGAAUUACCACUGAUAAAUUUAUUUUUUAACAUGGCAAUGCUGCAAUUCUCCGAAUUAAAGUCGAAGAACAAUUUUUUCAGCUUAAAAACGUAUCGGUUUUACCGUUGCCCGCACGCUCCUUGGACCUGAAUAUUAUUGAAAAUUAUUGGGGAGAACUAGCACGUGCUGUAUAUAAGAAUGGAAAACAGUAUGAUAAUAUUAAACGAUUAAAAGAAGCUAUUAAGAUAGUUUGGGAUAAUUUGCUACAAAAUACAAUUAAAAUGUUAUACAAAUCCUUAGCAAAGCGGGUACUCGAAGUAAUUGAAAAUAAAAGCGGAUUAUUAUUAUAAUCAUAUCAUUAUUAACUUUGUAUUAAUUGCAAUGUAACUUUCUUUUUUAUGAAAAUAUAUGUAUAAAUUCUGUGAAUGUGCUAACAUUUCGCCGGCACUAUUUGUAUAUUUCGUCUGCUUGCUCAAAAACCUAGCAAGGUCAACCAUAUUUACUAAGAAGUUCCUUCUCUCUGCCAUGUAACAAUUAGAAUGGCAUGUAUUACAUUAAAAAAUUCUAAGUAGUUUUCAAGAAAUUAAAGAUAGCACACAUGUGCUAUCAUUUUGUCCGGGAGUGUACCAGAGAAAACGACACCACGGUGGUGUUGUUAUGCGGGACGAAUGAGAGCCGUGUCAUUGAUCUGAGAGUGUUGAUUGUUGACAUGUCCAUGACAUUCUAACGACUAAAACAGUGGAGCAGCGCCCGACCAAGAUCCAAAAAUGACUCUUCCUCAGAAAAACAUGUGAAAAUCGCGUAGAAUCAUAAAAAUAGCGCCUGGAAAUGUAGGAGCAUCAGUCUUUUGGAAUUUCUUUGCCUAAACGUACAUAUCGUUGGUAAGUAAAAUAACUUUUUUUGUAUUUAAUUCGUAUACCAUUGACUUUGCGCUUAAAUUCACUCACAUCAUUAGGCACAGCGAAGCAAAUGAGCGAACUGCAGGUCGUGGAGCCUCUCACGCUGGUGGAGCAAGGCCUCAGUUUUCGUGCGGUGGGGCGCCGGUUCGGCGUCGCCCACACUACUAUCCAAAACAUCGUACACCGGCACCAGAAAGACGGUCUGCUGGGCCGUCGGCCAGGGCAAGGGCGUCCUCGGUGCACCACGACGAGGGACGACCGCCGUAUGGUGCGCAUGCCUGCCGCCGAUUCCCGCCUCACGGCGCGGCAGAUCGCUGGAUACUAUGAGAAGAUAACUCAGUACCAAAUCUCCAGGCGGACUGUUAACCGACGUCUCAACGCGGCAGGGCUGAGAGGCAGAGUACCCAAGAAGGCUCUGAGGUUGUCCGCGGAAAUCCGGAGGUCUCGCCGAGCCUAUGUUCAACAGUACGGCAACUGGGGCAUCCAGCAGUGGCGGCACGUAAUGUUUUCCGACGAGGUGCGGUUCGCACUACACAAGACCGAUGGAAGAUUGAAGGUGUAGCAUCGUCGGGGCGAGCGGAAUCAGCAUUUCGUGGACCGCGUCUCCUAUAACGGCGGGCCUGUCAUGUUCUGGGGAGGCAAUAUGCUGAAUAAAAAAACACCUCUCGUCGAAAUUCCGCCACCUGGCAUGACGGCCCGCCGCUACAUCAACGAAGUGGUGGUGCCGCACGUUGUACCGCUCCGAGAAGAAUGCGGCCCCGUCUUAAUCCAGCAGGAUAACGCGGCGCCAUACACCGGCAGAAUCACGCGUGCUGCCCUGCUUGAAAAUAACGUCAAUCUCCUCCACCAUCCUCCCCGCAGCCCCGACUGCAACGCAAUUGAACACCUCUGGGACUAGGUUGACUGCCGGGUGAGGGCUGGGCCGCAGCCGCGCAACCUUGUCGAGCUCCGGGCCGCUAUUCAGGCAGCAUGGGAGGCCAUCUCCUUCGAGACUAUCAACAAAUUAGUCAGAAGCAGUUUUUUUUUUAUUUAAGUAUCAAUUUUGUCUCCCAUUUUUGAUUUCAUUUUUGUCCUGUAUUGAAGAUUGCAUAUUGCAUAUCAUUUAAUACUAUAAUUAUAUUAAUUUGUAAAUUAAGGUUCUGCUGUGCAUUUGGUGAGACUGGAAAGGAAUCAUUUAUUAUGAGUUCCUUCCGUAUGGUUAAACACUAAAUUGGGAUCUUCAGCGUCAACAACAGAGUCGUUUGAAGCUAGUGAUUUACCAGAAACGGCUAGAAUUGGCCAACAGAAGAGGUGUCGUAUUCCAUCAGGACAAUGCCAGGCCACACACGUCUAUAGUGACUCGCCAGAAACUCCGAGAGCUUGGUUGGGAAGCUUUGAUGCUUCCACCACAUAGUCCAGACCUGGUACCAAGCGAUUACCGUCUUUUUCUUGCAUUGCAAAACUUUCUCAGCGGGCCGCCCCGAUGCCACCCAGUGUCUGGUCUUAAUACUGGCUAGCUCCAAGAGCACCCCGACCGUCAGGUUUGUCAACACUGGUGAGCUACCGAGGCUCCCGAACGACAACCGGCAUCUGGCGAGUGCUUCCCAGGCUACCGAUUCGAGGCAACACUUAGAAGCUCGUGCGUAAUACGGUGCAGUCGAUUCGAACAUAGAGCAAGUCAAGUCUUCCAAAUACCCCAACCGUACUCGCACUAAACGGUUGAAUAAGAAUCAGCGUUGAGGAGGAAUUAGAGAAAGACUCCGUUGCGAAAGACGGAGAAGACGCGAGGAAACCUUGCGUUUACAGUCUCAGCCGCCCGUCGAACAGGAACUUCCCUGUUCUCCAGAUUCUGAAGCCACGACCAUUCUAAAUUCGGACCGCGAUCCCGAAAUAAUUGUCAUUUCAAGUGAUGAGGAGGAAGAAACGAUUCCCUCUGCUCCUCCCCUCGAAGUUCUGGAUACUGCUACAGCUAUUAAAGUCAGUCAACAAGACGGAAUACCUGUUCACAUUGUGACGUGGUAUUUUAUACCCGUCACAAGGAGCCUCCUCGGGAGACCGGACGGGUCAUAGGUCGCCGUCAGAUACCGUCUAGAGAGAGAACGAAGCGCGUAUAAUAUCGUAAGAACAAAUUCUGCCGCUAUGCUAUUUUAUAUGUACCGCCGGAGAAUGACGUCACUGUCAACGAAGGAGCGACGUACGUCGAGGGAAAACGCCGCUGCUCUGCCGCUACCCCGCUCGGAUCCUCCGAUAGACGAAGAGAGGCAGCGGAGUAAGAGGAGAGAACCCAGCGAGAAACCGACGUACGCCGAAGGAAAGUGCCGAUUCCCUGCCGCUUCCCCGCUCCGGCCCUACGAUAGAAGAAGAGAGGCUGCGGAGACGGAAGAAGCCCUGCCGAAGAAGACUUCGAUAGAAUUCGGAAACUCCGGCAGAGGGUGGGGGUAGGCUACGAGGUGUCCUAAUACCGGCGCAAG